CAAGAUGAUAAGAAAUUUGUGUUCCCUAAGCAUUACAUUACAGUUUCCUAUUAAAUACCUUACUGUUAUAUUUACAUCUCCGUCGAAACUAAACAUUGCACGCAUUCGAACACAGCGAACCACACCAACAAGUAGCAAUGGCAACCUUGGCUAGUGUUAACCUCGUAACCCCGAGAGUCGUCGUCGUAGCCAACAUGCCAGAGUUCGCAAAGGGUGGCGCCGUCAAGGUCCCGUGUCUUAACCAGCCUUGGAAAAGGGUCUCCCAGUUGGGGUCUAGAGGACUGCGGGUAACCAGGAGAGCCGCACCUGAUAGGAUAUCGGACAAGGUGGAAAAGAGCAUCAAGGAAGCGCAGGAGGCAUGCUCGGAUGACCCGGCGAGCGGCGAGUGCGUGGCGGCUUGGGACGAGGUGGAAGAGCUAAGUGCGGCAGCUAGCCAUGCCAGGGACAAGAAGAAAGAUGAUGAUCCUUUGGAGAAUUACUGCAAAGAGAACCCGGAGACGGAUGAGUGUCGCACUUAUGAUAAUUGAAAUGUUUGUUUAGUUUUAUUUUGAUGAUGGAAUUGUUUAUUUAUCGGUGGUUUCACUUGUUAUAAUGAUGUAAUCUUAAUACCAUACAUUAUGAAAAA